AUAUAUAGGAAAUUUAUACAUAAAAUAUUUUUAAAAAAUUUAUGUAUAUGUUUUUUGUAUAUAUAUUUUUGCUCUAUUUUCUAUAUAAUAAAAAUCAUAUUAAACUCCAUUUUCUUUAUUAAUUUAUACAGUUUAAUUUGCACAGAAAAUAGAGAUAUAUUUUUUAUAAAAUUGGGUAGACUACCAUAGAAACCCUACUGCUCAACCAUAUCACUUAAAAAUUUCCUUGUUUUGGUUUUUUGUGAUAGAAAACAAUUCAUAAGUGAAGGAACAAUUAGGAUUCAUAAUACAUUUGGCAGUUACUAUGCUUAAGCCCCAAUCCUUAUUUCCUAAUCAUCAAUCCUGACAAAGGAUGGGGAAUUACUUGUCAUAGGGCGUUUAGAAACCAGUCUACUUAACAUGCUUAUGAAAUUGUGUCUUUAUUAUGACUUGUGACAAUAUGAAGUCUUAGCUUUGCCCAACUAAUAUUCUAUUUGAUCUUGAUUUUGAUAUAACUUUGCAUGGCAUUGAUUCUUUAAGUGUCAAAGGUCUAAUAUAGGUGCCCAUAUAACUGUGUGUGACUUCUACUAUUAGUUCUUUGUCUUGAUGUCGUAAAUUUAUGAAUUAAUGUCAUUAUGUCACAGUUGUUUGUGGUCAUCUACUAGGUUAUGUAUUGAGCAAUGAUUAAAGUAUACCAUUGGUGUAAACUUGAAAUUCAAUUACAUUUAGGUUUCCAAUUUCCCAUGUCAAUGUAAUUAAAAUGCAAUUAUUAUACACAAGCCCAACCCUAGAUCCCUCAAAAGUUUAAGACUAAGUGUAAUGUUUUUACAGAUCUGUUUUUUGAUCAGAAUGCCGCGUCAAAAAGACUUUGCGUGGACACAUUGCACAGCAGUUCCUGGUAGCACGAAGGUCAAGUGCAAUUGGUGUCUAGAAGAGAUCAGUGGUGGAAUUUAUCGUUUCAAAUGGCAUUUGUCCAAAGAACGAGGAAAUAACACCGUGAUAUGCAAGGCAUGCCCUACAGAUGUCUCGUAUCAGGCAAAGCAAUCUCUUGACGGGAUUGCUGAGAGUAAGGCCAAAAAGGCAAGAAUUACCGUUGAACUAGGUUCUAGUUCUGCAGAUCCCAAGACGAACCAUUUGGGUGAGGAGGAUGGUGAAGAUGGGAGUUUCAGGGAAUCUGGGUCGACACAUAAUUCUAUAGCACAUGGACCAAAUACAGGUGGAGGAAACACUAAUGCUUUCUUCCAACCUCGUACCACACCAGGAUCACAAACCACUUUGGAGAGUACAGGAUGGAGGAAAACUGUCACUGAACAAGCAAAGAAGGCAAUUGCUAAUUAUUGGUACUCCUCUCACACGGCAUUCCAUGCUUCCAGAAAUCCAUAUUGGCAACCCAUGGUAGAUGCUAUUGCAGCUGUAGGUCCUGGGUUUCAAGCCCCAUCUUGUGAAUCAUUGAGGGUUGGUAUGCUGAAAGAUGCAGUAGAGGAUGUUCAAGAUGUUGUUAAACAACAUCGAUUACAGUGGGCUAGAACUGGUUGCAGCAUCAUGUCAGAUGGUUGGACAGAUAGAAGGAACCGAACUCUCAUUAACUUCCUUGUCUCUUGUGAGAUUGGCACUGUUUUUUUGAAAUCUGUGGAUGCAUCUAAUAUGAUGAAAUCCACAAAUGCAUUGUUUGAGAUGUAUGACGUGGUAGUUAUGGAUGUAGGGCCACAAAAUGUGGUUCAAUUUAUCACAGACAAUGCUGCUGCUUGUGUUGCUGCAGGGAGACUUCUGACAGAUAAAUAUCCUUCCAUGUUUUUUACACCAUGUGCAGCACAUUGCCUUGAUCUAACCCUAGAGGACAUUGGAAAAAUUGAAUGGGUUAAGGCGGCAUUUCAGAAAGCUCACAAGGUUACCAAAUUUGUUUAUAAUCACACAAGGGUUUUGGCUAUAAUGCGCUCUUUCACAGGAGGCAAGGAGCUAGUUCGACCAGGAGUGACAAGAUUUGCAACAUAUUUCCUUGCAUUACAAACAUUAUGUGAACAAAAAGGUAAUUUAAGGCGAAUGUUUGUUUCAGCUGAGUGGAUGGAGUCUGGUUUCACAACUCAAGCAAAUGGCAUAGCAGUGGCAGGGUAUAUGUAUUCUACCACAUUUUGGGAAUCUAUUGAACAAAUUGUAGAAUUUUCAGAGCCUUUAGUAAAAGUCUUGAGACUAGUGGAUGGAGAUAAACCCCCCAUGGGAUAUGUGUAUGAGGCCAUGGAUAGGGCCAAGGAGGUGAUAAGGAGUAAGCUGGAAAAUAACAGGGAUAAGUAUAUGCCGUUGUGGGACAUAAUUGAUAGGAGAUGGGAUGGACAAAUGCACACUCCUCUCCAUGCUGCAGGAUAUUUUCUCAAUCCUCUGUUAUUCUAUAAGACUGACUUCCUGGAAAUUGAUGCUGAGAUCAAACAAGGCUUCUUCAAGUGCAUGGAAAAAAUGUUUCCUGACUUGGAAAAAUUUGAUGUGGCUACGAUAGAGCUGGAAAUGUACAAGCAUGCUAAGGGCUUUCUCUCUUCUAGGGCUGCUAUACAAAGCAGAAAGACAAUUCAACCAGCUGCAUGGUGGGCUUCUUUUGGAGAUGAAAUACCAAAUUUAAGGUGGAUGGCGGUGCGUAUUUUGAGCCAACCAUGUAGCUCAUCAGCUUGUGAGCGUAAUUGGAGUGUGUUUGAACACAUACAUUCUAAGAAACGCAACCGCCUAUCACAACAACGACUGAAUGACUUGGUAUUUGUUCAUCACAACCUCCGCUUGAAGAUAAGGAAAGCUCAAGGAACUAUUGAGGAAUGCUUGCCAAUUGACCUCGAUGAGAUAUAUCCAGAGUGCGAGUUGAUUGCUGCUGAUGAUGCUGAUGAUGAUGAUGAUGAUGUUGAUGAUGAUGUUGAUGAUGAUUAUGUUGUUGCUGAUCGUCCGCUUGUGUCUGAAGAUUUUGAUAUCAUGAGGCAAGCCAACUUUCGUCCUGAAUGGGUUGAAGGAAUUAGGACAGGCUCUUACCCAGGAGCUUCAUCAUCAGGGCCUCCUACUCUCUAGCAUGUCAUUGCCUACAUUUGAGAUUUUGGAAUUUUGUACUUAGUUUACAGGUUGACUUUGUUCAAAGUCACAAACUAUAUUGUAAUUGACAUUUUGACAUCUAUCACCAUCUAGAUAUUAUUUAUGGUGUAGUAUAUUUUGUGGAACGUAAUCAGUGAUAUGAAUAUAAACAACAAA